AUGACGACCCCCUACAUCCCCGGCCGCCUCGACGGCAAAGUCGCGCUCGUGACGGGCUCGGGCCGCGGCAUCGGCGCGGCCAUGGCGCUGCAGCUGGGCAAGCUCGGCGCCAAGGUGGUGGUCAACUACUCCAACUCGGCCGAGCACGCCGAGAAGGUGGUGGCCGAGAUCAAGAGCUACGGCACCGACGCCGUCGCCCUCAAGGCCGACGUGCGCGACGUCAAGCAGACGGUCAAGCUGUUCGAGGACGCCGUGGCGCACUUCCGCCGCCUCGACAUUGUGUGCAGCAACGCGGGCGUCGUCAGCUUCGGCCACCUCAGCGAGGUGACCGAGGACGAGUUCGACCGCGUCUUCAGCCUCAACACGCGCGGCCAGUUCUUCGUCGCGCGCGAGGCCUACCGCCACCUCAAGGACGGCGGCCGCAUCAUCCUCAUGUCGUCCAACACGGCCCGCGACUUCAGCGUGCCGCGCCACUCGCUGUACUCGGCCUCCAAGGGCGCCAUCGACUCCUUCGUGCGCGUGCUCGCCAAGGACUGCGGCGACAAGAAGAUCACCGUCAACGCCGUCGCCCCCGGCGGCACCGUCACCGACAUGUUCCACGCCGUCUCGGAGCACUACAUCCCCGACGGCGCCAAGUACUCCCCCGAGGAGCGCCAGCAGAUGGCCGCCUUCGCCUCGCCCCUGCACCGCAACGGCUACCCCGAGGACAUUGCCCGCGUCGUCGCCUUCCUGGCCAGCAAGGAGGCCGAGUGGAUCAACGGCAAGAUCAUCACCCUGGACGGCGGCGCGGCGUGA